AUGCUGAUCAAUCUCCCGUCUCGGGCCUCGUCCUUCUCCGCCGGCGGCGCGGUUGCGCCGGCAAAGGACGGCGUUAAUCGCCGGAUCGCGUUAGAUCCGCACAGAUCUGGUCCUUGUGUGACGUCAUCCCAUUCCCCUGAUGGGUUCCCCCGUUCUCACGCCGCUAUCUCCGCGCGCUUGGUUUCGAGCUCCGCGGCGACCCCCGCUGCGGCCACCCGAGGCGCCGCGUUUCCGUCUCUCAGAAGCAGCAGCAGCGGCCAGCGGAGCCGCGCCUGGCAGAACGUUCUUAAAACGCUCCCCGCCUUAGAGACGUCGCAGAACUCGCUCCGAGCGCUACUAGCUGCCGCUGCCGCAGAGGGCGCCGCGGCUCCGGCCCCCGCCCACGAGGCGGCUUUAAUCGACGGGAAGGCAAUUGCGGAGGAGAUUAAACGCGAGAUCGCGGCGGAGGUGAAGCGGAUCCAGGCGCUGCCCGGGGUGCACCUGACGCCGGGAUUGGCAGUGGUUUUGGUAGGCGAUAGGAAGGACUCGCAGUCGUACGUGCGUAUGAAGAAAGCGGCGUGCGCUGAAACGGGGAUAACGAGCUUCGGUGUGGAUCUGCCGGCCGAUGUGAGCGAGGAGGAGGUGGUGGCGGCGGUUCGUGAGCUAAACGACAACCCGGACGUGCACGGCGUGUUGGUGCAGCUGCCGCUGCCGAAGCACAUCAAUGCGGAGCGGGUGCUGAGUGCGGUCAGUAUCGAGAAGGACGUGGACGGGUUUCACCCUAUCAACAUCGGCCAGCUGGCGAUGGCGGGCCGCAAGCCGCUGUUUGUGCCGUGCACGCCCAAGGGGUGCAUCGAGCUGCUUAUCCGGAGCAAGGUUCCCAUGGAAGGGAAGCGGGCAGUCGUGAUUGGUCGGAGCAACAUCGUCGGCACACCUGCCGCCAUGCUGCUGCAGAGGAACAACGCUACAGUCACGGUGGUGCACUCGCGCACCAAGGACCCCCCUUCAAUCACGCGGGACGCCGACAUUGUGAUUGCAGCAGCGGGUGUACCAAACCUGGUGCGCGGCGACUGGCUGAAGCCGGGAUGUGUCGUGAUUGACGUGGGGAUCAACCCUGUUGAUGAUCCCUCGGCCAAGCGCGGUUACCGCCUGGUCGGAGACGUGUGUUUUGAAGAGGCUAAGCAUGUUGCGUCGGCCAUAACCCCUGUUCCGGGAGGUGUGGGGCCGAUGACCAUAGCUAUGUUACUCACCGGCCAGAAAGCCGCCGAAGCGGCGCCGACCUCGCUAGAUUUCCCCCUGCAUCUAGACAUCGGUAGAGGACACACGGCCAAGUUCGAAGAGCACGACUACGCCGUUCUGACAAACCCUAUGCUAGAGUUUAACGCCCGUUGCUUGGGACUCGGUCUCAAGACCUCGAUCCGGCACGCCGACCCGCAGACAGUGAAGGAGUGGCACCGCGACGAGGCGAUCCGCGUGCUGAAGUUUUUCCGGACCGCUGUUCUGGCCGAGCUGCGGCGCGAGGGUAGGAAAUGGGAGUGGGCGAAGCCGUCCGAAGACGAGGUGCAGGAGAGGCUCGCCGACUGCGACGAACCCCUUCGAGAUAAAAUUCCCGAUACCGUCCGGGACUCGGACGCGGGCUCCGGCCUGCUAGCAAUGAGCGCGUUGAUCUGGGUUGUGAGGCGGUUCCAGCGCCUGACCGGCGACCUCCGUCGCAUUGCCACCAGCAUGGACAAGCCCACCGUCUCGGGGUUGAAGGCGCUGCGGAACGAGAUGGUAGCCCUCAUCAAGAAGCAAGUCCCGCUCAUACGGUCGGGGAAAACCGUUGUUGCUGCCGACGCCUGUGACGACGACGGCGAGGAAGUCCAUUCUGCAUCCGUACCAGUAGGGGUCGCCCCGAACGUCGCUGAUGCGCGUGGCAAGUCGGGAGUCGGCGUCGACGAGGCCGAUGCGGCCGCAGGAAAGGGGGUGACCGGGACUGAGGUUGUUCACGGGGAUGAUGAUGGGGUCCAGGAUCGCGAGGAGGAACGUGAGGGUGAGGGGGGCUCGGAGGAGUCGUCGGGGUCGAGGUCGGGGUCGGGGUCGGGGUCGGAGUCGGAGUCGGAGUCGGAGGAGGAGCAGGAGCAGGAGCACGAGAGGCAGCACCAGGAGGAGCAGUUGGUAGAGGUGGAGGACGUGGAAAUGGCGGAGGGGUACGUUGUCGGAGGAGCGGAGGGGUACGUUGUCGGAGGAGCGGAGGAAACGGGUGGGAGAUCGGCGGAUGUCGAGAACGACGAAGGGGAGGGGAAGGGUGCGACAGCGAAUAUCGGCGAGGUCGGCGUGGAGGCGGCUCACGGAGGUGGUGGCAUGGUCGAGGUCGGUGAAGGGGAUAACGCCGCGGUCCCGGAGCAGAGGGGCGUGGAUGUGCAUACCGAUGCCACCGCGGAGAAGGCCGGCGGGGAGCGGUCUAGGAGGAAGAAGGCGGCGAGCGGUCAUCCCGGUUCCACCGCGGCUGGGCGGCAGGCGCGGCUGGACGUCGUCGAUCAGCUGAGGGCGGAGAACAGGCGAUUGCGUGCAGACAAUGCACUCCUUGAACGGCGGCUCGGUGAGCAGACGGGGCGGGUCGACAGCUUGGCGGCGGCAUUAGCUGGGCUCCUCGAGAAGGUGAAGGGUUUGACCGCCCAGGUCGCCGACACCGACCGGAAAUCGGAGGAGCGCCUCAAAGAGGCCACGUCGACCAUGGCGACCACAAUCACCGAGGGCCUCACCGACAACAUGAACAGCGCCAUUCAAUCGGCCAAGUCCUUCGCCGAGCUAGCGAGGCAGACGCUGCUGGAUCUUGACGACCCCAAGGGACGAGCGGCGGUCGCACGCGCGACCGCGGUGAAGACAGUGACCGAGCACGUGACGGCGGAGGUGGGCGAGGCGAGGAAGGGGUUGGAGGAGUCGUUCAUCAAAUACAUCGGCGCCGCGCAGACCAACAUUGCCGCCGCCGUCGCGCCCCGCCUAGUCCAGCCGCCGCCGCCUACCGGCCCAGCGCAGGCCUUGCCGGAAGAUUACCUGAAGUCUUUCAAGAAGGACGUGCUGAAGGCGGUGACGGAGACCACGCAGCAGUCCUUCCUCGCCUCCGGACUGAAGAUAAUGGCCGAGGUCGUCGGCACGGUGGCGUAUGCUCGGCGUGGGUCGUCGCCGUCGGCAAACGACGCCGGCCAAGCGCAACCUACGGAGGGCUUGAAGCUGGGUCACAAGAGGUCGGGAGGCGGCGGGGGGGGCGACGGGGACAUUUCGGCGAACACGAAGCGGAGCAAGGGAGGCGGGGGGUCUGGCGGUGGGGGGGGGGACGGAGACGAUUCGGCGGGCGCGAGGCGGACCAAGGGAGCGGCUGGUUCUCGCGUCGCCGGCGAUGGGAGCAUGGGAGCCGGCGACGGCAGUUCGUUGAAGCAGUCGGGGAAGAGCGUGGUCGACAUCCUCAGGAAGCACUGGGCUCAGGUUGGAGCGGCCAGCACAGGCCAUGGUGGUGGGGGUCCCGCCGACGAGCAUGCCACUGAUGACGCACUGCCAAUGGCUCCGCCUUCGGUCGGCGUUAAGCCACCACGACAGGGUUGCGGUGUGAAAGGCCUGCGCGACAAGGAGAAGGCCGCCGCCAAAACGGCCCCAGGCGGGUCCGCGAAAGCUGGCCAGGGCCCGAAGACAGGGGUUGCGGAGGCGUCAGCGGUUCCUCACCAGUCUCCCGCGGGUGCACGCCAUCCGACAGGACCGUCUGCCGGGCGACCUACCGACGUCCCGCGCCAUGCCGACGUACCGUCUGCCGUCAAGGUUGGCCGCGCGGGAAAAGGGGCGGCAGUUGCGGACGCGCUCAAGGAGCAGCUCAGGCUCCUAGCCGGCCACAGGGCUGUUCAACAGGCCCCCCCUGCUGUCGACGUCCUAUCGGCCAGUGGGCCACGUGUAGUGCCGGUCGUCGCCGCCCGUACUCCUGCAGACCCAAAGUCCGCGUUGUUGCGCGCCCAGCUGGGCGCACUAGCGUCGACUGAGAGGACUCAGCAGGCUUCUGGCUCUGGCUCUAAGCCGUCGUCGGCGAAUGUCGCACCACCCACCCAUGUGGCAGCUGAUGUGGAGAAGACGGCGGAGAAGGGCGUUCGUGCCGCGCUUGCCACCGGCGGCGGCGCCGUUGAGGAGGUCCCCGCAGACGCUGAUAUCGCUGCCAUACAGGCCCAUCUGGAUGCAGCCAAUCCCCGAACCCCGGCCAUCUCCGACACGGAACAUGUGGAGCCUUCGGCGGGACUCGUCGGCAUCGCGGCAGAGCCUAGUGCGACCGGUGAUGCGGUCGGUGAGAGAAAGUCGAAACGGAAGGGGAAGGCGGGCUCACAGAGGAAGACGCGGGAGAAGUCGGAGGUGAAGGCGGCGGAUAAACAGAAGGGGAUGGCGGCGGAGACGGCGGCGGACAAAGAUCGAGGCGGCAUUGGGGAGGUUGAAGGGAAAGGGGAGAAUCAGAAGUCGCCCGGCGAGGGUACGUCGACGGGGAGGAAGGGGAAGGACAAGUCGGUCGGAGAAGGUGCGUCGACCGGGAGAAAGGGGAAGGAGAAGGCGGUCGGCGAGGGUUCCUCGAAGGGGAGAAAGGGAAAGAGGAAGGCGGAGGAGGAGGAUGAGGAUGUCGAGGAGGUGGAGGAGGUCGAGCAGGAGGAAGAGGAGGAGGAGGAGGAGGAGGAGGAGGAGGAGGAGGAGGAGGAGGGGAAGGGCAAGGAGAGGAGGGGUCAUGGCAUCCGACACGAUACCUCGGGCGACAAGCAAGGGUGGGUCGGCGAGAUUAAGGUGCACGGCAUCAAUCGAUACAUCGGCAAGUCGCGGGACAAGAUGGAGCUCGCGUACGUUCACUCCAUCGCGUACGUCGUCUACGACGGUUUCGUGAGCAAGGUGCUCAUGACCGAGCUCACCGGCUUGGACAGCGCCGAAUUGGAGAGGUGGAAGGAGGUGUGGGAUGAGGUCAGGAUCUUGCCGACAGGGAUGUGGACGGUGAUGUGGGCCCGGGGUACGCUCCUUCCAAAGACACGGCUGACGGAGAUCCUCGACGCGUAUCGCCAUUACAAGUCCACAGGCGAUUGUCUCCACGCCGCGCUCCUGCCAGCGAUAUGGUACCCAGUCGAUGCUAGCACCGAGGAAGGCCGGGAGAAGUCGGCGUCCAUGAUGUCGGCGAUGAUAGGCCGCGUGUCAAUGUGCGCUGCAUAUGGGAAGACCGCUGCGGCAGCGGCGAAGAAGGAGGGAGACAAGGAGGAGAAGACGGAUAUGGCGGCAUGGGCGUUAGCAGCAUCCGCAUGCGCUGUGUGGUGCUUCGUCGAGAACGGCGAUGCCCAGCUGGCGGAUGCUGUGGAAGAAGGGAAGUCGGCGGCGAUCAUCGGCGGAGCGAGCCAGGCGACCGCCGAUGUAUUCGGAAAAGUCAUGGAGGCGGUGCUGAAAGCCGAGAUGAACAGGGACCGCCCCUUGGGAGAGGUUGCCUACAACGUCGCGCCAGCACUCCAGAGGACCGCCCUUGAUACGGUAUAUCCGGGGGGGAAUGCUGGAGUAGAUGCCGACGUUAUCGCUAGAGCGACGGUUGAGACGAUGGCGUUUUGGGGAAUGUGCCCCGUCGCCGGGCCGAAACUAAGAGCGAGGGACAUCGCGGUGCCGAUUGACGCGCAGAUGAAGGCCGAUCUUGACAACAGGGGGAGGAAGGGUCUGAGGGGCAAGAAGGGGACGAAGACCAAGGGCGGCACGGAGAAGGUCAAGAAGUCAAAGAAGGACAGCACGACGGCCUAG